CCUACGGGAUUCUUGGACAUUGGCUACGUAGUUCAAUGUGCACGUUUUGUGCAUAUAGAGGCGCUAGCCCACAGAACACGUAAAAUGCGGACAUGUCCACUCUCAGUCUUCUCUCUAUAUAUUUGUAUGCAUGUGUUGAUAUUGUGAUAUGUAUCGUACAGUAUAAAGUUUUUUAUACUUUACUUUAUAGAAAUUGUAACAGAAAUUGUGCAUUGUUAACAAUAACAAUUAUACAAAUAUGGAUAACGAUAAAAACACCAUGCUUGCUGUUUUACAGCUUUUGAAAAAAUAUAAUUUGAAGGGGACCGAAGAAUUAUUUAGAAAGGAAGCUAAUCUCACAGAUAUUUCAAUUGAUGAGACUCAUCAAACAGAUUCUGACGUAACUAGUGUUCUUUCUGCUUAUAAAAGUGAAGGAGACCCUGCACAGUAUGAGAAAGCAUACAGUGAAUUAAAAAAAUUUGUAGAAGGAGCUUUGGAUAUAUAUAAACAUGAAUUGGGGACUAUAUUAUAUCCAGUUCUGGUGCAUAUGUAUCUAGAAUUAGUUUAUAAUAACCAUUCAGAAGAAGCAAAACAACUUAUGGAAAAGUUCAGUGGAAAUUUAGAAGAAUAUUACCAAGAUGACUUGAAAAAAUUAUCCAAUGUAACAAAACGGGAACAAAUGGCGGGGAAUGAAUUAACUGACACUUUCAAAUCUAAUCAGUUUAUAAUUAGAAUGUCAAGGGACACUCUUUCCAUACUGAAACGACAUUUACAAGAAAAGAAGCAUAGUGUUUUAUUAAAUAUCAUACAGGAACAUCUUUAUUUUGACAUGUAUGAGGGUGUUGCUCGUAACAAACAACAGAUUGAUGCAACAUCAGGAGCUAUGGUAGGCGAAGCUACUAGACAAGAUAACAAAACCAAAGUUUAUUAUGGACUUCUAAAGGAACCAGAUAUUCAGUGUGUACCACCGGCUGAGGAAGAAGAGGAUGAUACAGGUGGCGGAGAUGGAGAUAAACCGAAGAAGAAAAAGACUAAAAAAGAUCCUUUGUUUUCAAAAAAGACUAAAUCAGAUCCAAAUGCACCACCUGUAGGCAGGAUGCCUUUGCCUAACUUAAAAGAUGCAGAUAAAUUGGAAAAAGUUAAAGCAUUGAGAGAAGCAACAAAAAGAGUUAUUGUAGGACCUGAUACCCUACCAUCUAUAUGUUUUUAUACAUUAUUGAAUACAAUUCAUACUGUAACAGCGGCAGAAGUAGCGGAAGAUUCGAGUUUAUUAGCUAUCGGAUUCAGUGACUCUGGCAUAAAGAUAUGGAGCUUGGUUCCACAGAAACUAAGAUUAAUGAAAACGGGCGAACAAUUAGCGGAUAUUGAAAGGGAAGCAGAUGAUGUGUUGGUCAGAAUGAUGGAUGACCGAACGUCGGAAACUGCAAGAAGUCUAUAUGGGCAUAGUGGGCCAAUUUAUAGUCUUUCAUUCAGUCCAGAUAGAAAUCUAUUGCUUUCAUCAUCAGAGGAUACAACAAUACGCUUAUGGUCACUUCAUACAUGGACAUGUGUUGUCUGCUACAAAGGCCAUUUAUUUCCCGUAUGGCAUGUAAGAUUCUCAUCGCAUGGCUAUUAUUUUGCAAGUGCUUCAAGUGAUAAAACUGCUAGAUUAUGGGCAACCGAUGUUCAUCAACCAUUACGAAUAUUUGCUGGGCAUUAUGCAGAUGUUGAUAUAAUCCAGUUUCAUCCAAAUUCGAAUUAUGUUGCAACUGGUUCAAGUGACAUGACUGUGAGAUUAUGGGAUUGUGUGUCUGGUAGUCAAGUUCGAUUAAUGACUGGACACAAAGGAUCAAUCUUUUCUUUAGCUUUUUCAACCGAAGGACGAUUUUUAGCUUCGGCUGGUGCUGAUCACCGUGUACUUGUAUGGGAUUUGGCACAUGGUCAUCUUGUUGCAGCUUUGUCGGGCCAUACAGGCAAUAUUCAUUGCCUAUCGUUUAGUCGAGAUGGCAAUAUUCUAGUCUCUGGAUCCUUGGAUUAUACAUUGAAAUUAUGGGACUUUACAAAAUUAGCGGAGGAAAUGAGUUUAGAAGACGUUAACGUUUCACAUAAUCCAGAUGUAAAAACUAAUGCAGAAUCUUAUCUACUGCGUACCUUUGCUACAAAAAAUACAUCUGUCUUAGCGUUACAUUUUUCACGUAGAAAUUUAUUGUUAGGUAUUGGUAUGUUCGAUUCAACAUGAUUCAUGAUAUCUCUCUUGUAUCGUUUUUCAUUCAUCAUUUCAUAUAUAUGGAAUAUAUUAAUCAUAGUUGUAUCAUAAGAAUCAUGAAUAAAUAUUUUGCAUUUAU